UAUCCACAGCUUCUGAUUUCCUGUGUUCAAAAAAAAUCUCAUCGCUGCCUAAGAAGCUAACUCGAAGUUUUCCGAACAGAUUUUUCUGUUGUUUAUGUGGAGAUUUCUGUCUAACUAUGGGACGAAGUAGCAGCUGUGCUCUCUCUGGGAGCGUCGUCUAGCGCUGGCGGGGCUUUUGACCGACGAUGAAUAACUAUAAUUUCAUCAGGGUCGUUGGGAAAGGAAGCUACGGAGAGGUGAACUUGGUGAAGCACAAGACGGACCGAAAACAGUAUGUGAUAAAAAAGCUGAAUUUAACCACAACAUCCAAACGGGAACGCCGUGCCGCGGAGCAGGAGGCUCAGCUUCUGUCCCAACUGCGACAUCCCAACAUUGUGACUUACAGGGAGUCGUGGGAAGGAGACGACCGUCAGCUGUAUAUCGUGAUGGGUUUCUGUGAAGGCGGGGACCUCUAUCACAGACUCAAACAGCAGAAAGGGGAACUGUUGCCAGAGAGGCAGGUUGUAGAGUGGUUUGUCCAGAUAGCCAUGGCACUUCAGUACCUCCAUGAGAGGAAUAUUCUUCACCGGGACCUCAAAACGCAGAAUAUCUUCCUGACUAAAACCAACAUCAUCAAAGUUGGAGACCUGGGUAUUGCACGUGUUUUGGAGAACCAGAAUGACAUGGCCAGCACUCUCAUUGGGACCCCGUACUAUAUGAGUCCAGAGCUCUUUUCUAAUAAACCCUACAACCACAAGUCAGAUGUAUGGGCCCUGGGCUGCUGUGUGUAUGAGAUGUCCACGUUGAAGCACGCCUUCAAUGCCAAAGACAUGAACUCACUGGUUUAUCGCAUUGUAGAGGGAAAGUUGCCACCAAUGCCGAGCCAGUACCACCCCCAUCUCGGAGAGUUGAUCAAGAGCAUGCUUUGUAAGAAACCCGAAGACAGACCUGAUGUCAAGCAUAUCCUCCGGCAGCCCUACAUAAAGCGUCAAAUUGCCAUGUUCCUUGAGGCCACCAAAGAAAAAACGGCCAAGUCAAGGAAAAAAGCUGCGGUCGGACCAGGAGACUGCAGUCCCAGCGGUGGGUCAUCUGGUGCAUCAUGUCACCCAAAACCUCAGAAGCUUCCUCCAAGUCCAAAUGCCGACACUGUUGCCCAGACGAAGCAGAGAGAAGACAAAUCACGGGAGCAUAAAAUCCAGAACGGCGUUGCAGAUUUCCCUCCAGCCCUUCCGUCACAAGCUAUGUCCCCAUUAGCUGAUAUUCUCAAAGCCGGUAUCUCUCCCUUGGCAACCGUCAGCAGCAUUAAUAUUGAUAUCCCAUUGCAGCCGAGUGACGGUGUGAUGAAAAACCAGGUUCAAAGGCCCCCGUCUGCUGAGUCACGGAGGGAGCCUGGGACUUGCAUCGUAUGCAAAGACAAAAAAGCGAGGCGGAAACCAGAUCCCUCACCUCCUCCUUCUCCUGUGAAUCCCGCUCUCAGAGCUGAGUCAGGUGUUUGUGCCAGGGGAGGAGACGAGAGGACGGCUUCCAAUGGGCUGUUAGAUAUCCAGCCGAACCCAGGUCGUACACGUCCCGUCUCUGUGGAGAAACAGGACUCACAUGUGGACAUCAAGGAUGACACCAGCGAGUUACUUCGAGAGGCUGAACUGAACUCAAAUGCAGAAAACGUGAAAGUGGACGUACGUCCAGACAGCAACAAUGACACUGUGACUUUGAUCAAGGGGACUCCAAUGCAUCCUCACAUGCCAAAUGUUGAUGACAGCCUUGAAACGACGGAAAAGCUGUUGGAGCCUCCAGCAGUGGAGCCUGUUGAAGAAGAAUCGUCUUCUCUCUCGAUUAAACAAGACCCAGCUACCGUUUGCCAAAAUCCCCAGGUCCUCCCUGAGCCUUCAGGAUCAGAGCAACACAGGGGGAUGCUUUUUGAUUCAACUAAAGGGGGCCAUAAACAGUUGGCAGCUUCAAGACCUCUACCUCGUCCUCCCAUCGAGGCAGCGGCCGUGGAGAGGAAAAGGAGGAUUAAGAAGACCAUGGAGAGCAAGAGAGUGGAUGUGACUGCAGCCUCCACAUCUGUUGGUUCAUCUAAGGAUGGGUUGUUGCCUUUACCACAAGAGCGUCCUCUGACUGCCAGAGAGAGAAGACGCCUGAGGCAAUCCCAAGAUGGCGCAGGUCAACAAGGUCUGAAUGCUGUGCGAAGGGCGUCGUAUGAUGUUGCCUCCACCAAAGUUGAGCGACACAAUGCCCCCGUCACUCGAUCUGCUUCAUACUCCAUCAUAGACUCCAGCAUUAAGGAUAGGCUGAUGGAGCAAAGGUCAGAUGAAGACGAGUACAGCUCAUCCACAAGUUCCACAGAGCGCUCAGAGGGAGACUGCAGGGAAAGAAAAACAGAAUCCAACGACAUGCAUGAUUUGGUCCACAUGAUGACUCAGACUUUGAGGAUGGAUGUUGGAGACGCUGGACGUGAGUUGGGAAAAGGCCGAUUGGACUCAAUGCCAGAAUUCAAGCUGAAUUGCAGGUACAGAGACACCCUGGUGCUUCAUGGGAAAGCCAGAGAAGAGGCAGGGAACCUGUCACUUGGGGAAAUCCCAACAGAAGGUGCCACGUCUGGUCCAGCCAAGGUCAGGAGAGCAAUAGAGCGUCUGAGAACGGAUGUGGUGAAAGGUCUGGGUGUUAAGCUUUUGGAUAAAGUGCUUGAAAUCAUGGAGGAGGAAGAUGAGGUCAAAAGAGAACUGUGCCUUCGUGACCAGAUGGGAGAUGAGAAGUACCAAGCUUAUGCCGUCAUGGUGAGGCAGCUGAAGUUUUUCGAGGAUAUUGCUGUCAAGAUAUGAAGAGCACUGAAACAACAAGAAUACAUAAAAUUUGGAAAAAAGUGCUUUUCCAAAUUGUCACAUCAGUUAGUCAAAUCAAGCACUCUUCCAUUUACACUACGUACCGAGGAGGUUUGGUCUGUACCGCAAACAUUUUGCAAGCUGAAAUUUGCUUCAAGGUAAAAAUUCUGAUAUAAACAAGUUUUCUGUGAAAGAAGAAUCGACACAUAUAUACAUGUAUGGACAAAGUGGUACGAACAAUUAUGUAAAUCACUUAUUUCUGCAUCUUACCACGCAACACUGGAUGUGAAAAUGAUUCUUUAAAGUUCAGGCUAUCUAUGCAAACAUUUCAGUCAUUUUAAAGCUUCCAUUUAAAGAAUUUCAUUUAUUUAUGAUCCUUCAGUCUUUUUUGUGCUGUCCAUAACACCUUAGAUGUAACUUCUGUUGACUAAUUUUCUUUUGACACAAAAUAAUGUAAAAUAGAUUUAUUGUCGAUAUUAACAUGAGUGAUUUUUAAUAAAACUAAAAUGGAAUGCC